CAACGCCUUCCACGACAGCUUCCCACCGAUAGCUCUAAUCUCUAUAUAUAAAUCAGGAAAUCAAAUCAUUUUGUAGUUUUAUUACUGCUUCGCCGUUAACCUCUCCUGGCGCUUUCUUUCUCUGUCGGUCAUUGUUUCAUUUUUUUUUAAAAUUAUUUUAAUUAAGAUGGUUGCACUCAAGGCGGUACGGCCAGCAAUUUCUUGUUCUUCUUCCGGUUUCGAGAUUGGCCGGUCGGUACCGGUUCCCAAGGUUGGUUUCGUGAAGUUGCCGUUGCCGGCGUCAUCACCUUCUUUGGGGUUGAGUAGCGGCAACAAUGCGAGGUGGAGCUUGGUUCAGGCGAUGGAGGAGUCGACCGUGGCGAUUACGAAUGAUCGUGCUGAUGUCAUUUCUGGUGAAAAUCUCCGCCAGAUGGCUACCAACGGAAAGGCUACGAACAUUGUAUGGCACAAAAGUUCAGUUGGUAAACUUCAUCGGCAAGAGUUACUUCAGCAAAAGGGUUGUGUCAUAUGGAUUACAGGUCUCAGUGGGUCAGGAAAGAGCACUUUGGCAUGCGCUCUGUGCCAAGCAUUGUAUUCAAGGGGGAAGUUGACUUACAUCCUUGAUGGUGAUAAUGUUCGGCAUGGUUUAAACCGUGACCUUACUUUUAAAGCGGAAGAUCGUGCUGAAAACAUACGACGUAUUGGAGAAGUAGCAAAGCUCUUUGCCGAUGCUGGCAUCAUCUGCAUUGCCAGUGUGAUAUCUCCCUACAGAAGAGACAGGGAUAAAUGUCGUUCACUGUUGCCAGAAGGAGAUUUCAUUGAGGUGUUCAUGGAUGUGCCACUGCAAAUAUGUGAGGCGAGGGACCCAAAGGGCCUGUACAAGCUUGCAAGAGCUGGCAAAAUUAAAGGUUUUACGGGUAUUGAUGACCCAUAUGAACCACCUCUGAAUUGUGAGUUAGUAUUACCACAAAAGGGAAGCAACUGUGCUUCCCCAUGUGAAAUGGCUGAAACUGUGAUAUCUUACCUGGAGGAGAAGGGGUACCUGGUGGCCUAAGAAGAGAGAAACCCUGAUAUUCCUGGUUGCCAUAAUCACCUCUAAUAUAGUAUAUUGAAUCAAUGAAAAUUUAUUCUUUUCUAAAUUAAGGAAAUUUCGCGUUUCCUGCAUUAGGGAAACUUCUUGUUUCCCAUAUCUAUAUCCUGUUUCUGGCAUCAAGGAAACUUCUUGUUUCCUGCAUCUGUAGCCUGUUUCCGGUAUCAGGGAAACUUCUUGUUUCCGACAUCUGUAGUUUAUGCCCUGUAUUAGAUAAUUAAUCGCUUGAUUAAUUAGUGUCAGUGUCCUUUAUUAGGCCUUAUUAAAGGCACUUGAGUAAAUUGGCCUUAGUCUGGGAGCAAGGAAUAAAGAUGGACUCAAGGUGGUAAAGUUAUUGGUGUAUGAAUUUGUAUUGGUGAAUGAGUUUGUGUUUUGUAAAUUUGUAAUGAUUGCUUAUGAAUAAAAGGCUAUCUCAAGUUUUUACUAAAAGAUACCCUUAAAUUUGUAGAUUUCUUCUUUUCUUUUUAUGUAAGUACAUGGAUUGUGUGUGCAUCAACCAGGAUUUUGCCAUGAUUAAAGCAUUUAGCUUAAUGAUCCCUAAUCAAGCAAUGUCAAAUUGCUAGCCUAGAGAACUAGGGAUGGGUAUACCAAUUCGCAACUAGAUCAG